AUGGAUGAUGACAGAACACCUAGUAGAACGCUUAGUGGAACUAUGGAGGGACGUCGUCCACGUCGACCUCCUCAUCGUCUUCUGGAUCUGCCAAGCCUAGUUAGGAGAAAAAAGAAAGCUGGAGGAGCAGCUAAACCGAAGAAAACUGCCGCCUCUACCAAACGUUCUGCUACCGGUGAAAAGGCAAAAUCUGUAAAGAAAGUGACUAAGGCUAAAAAAGCCGCAUCAAAGGCAGAGAAAAAGUCAGCCAAGGCGAAAAAAGUUGAAAAGAAGUCAGUACCUAAAACUGCGUCAUCAUCCGUAGUUCCGACUUCCGUAGAGGUUAAAGCAAAAACACCAACCAAGGCGAAGAAGUCAAAUAAAGGAAGUCCAACGAAAAAACCAAAGGCACCCAAGCCGACAACAGCCAAGGCGGCAGCAAGUUCAUCAAAAGCUAGAAAGGCUGCUUCUAAGACGAAGAAGAAGCAAUGGGACAAAUGA